CCCAGCCAUCCAGCGGACAGUGUGUUACAAUAUUUACUACAGACUACAGAGUACUAGAACGGUACUAGCUUAAGAUGCUCCGAGUGUCUUUGAGCCUGCGGGGGUCGUUCCGUUGGUAAAGUUGGGCAAGAAGAAUUAUUAUUUUUCAUAUAACUUCAAGGUAAACUUUUUUCAAGCCGACCAAAUUUGUAGAGAUAUUAACAUGAGAUUGGUAACAAUACCAACGAAGGAAGUAAACGAUUUUCUGUAUACCACAAUUUUGGCAGCAAAUAGCGAAACUAACUUCUGGACUUCUGGAUCGAACUUGGUGGACAAAGUAUCAUGGAUGUGGAUGUCUAAUGCCCAGCCCAUAACUUACUCAAAUUGGAACGCCGGACAACCUACUGCUUCUGCCUACAGAUGUCUUUUGGGUCAAAUGUAUAAAGGAAAGAGUUUGCUUUGGAUUAACGUAGACUGUAAUGCUCUUUACAACUUUGUAUGCGAAUCCAUAGAACCAGCCGCUUCUAGUCAGAGUGUUAGUAGUGGAAAUUGGGCCAACUUGUUUGCAGAUCCUUCAGUUUCUCCAAACUUCCCAUUAUUCAACUACAAUAAAAUUAGCUACUACGCAAACUCCCAACCACUGUCUUUCCUAGACGCUGAUAGAUUCUGUAGAAUGAUUAAUAUGGAGCUGGUGUCUAUUGAAUCUGAUGCAGAAAAUACUUGGCUGUACAGGUGGUUGAGAAAUAUAAACAUAGGUACCAGUUUUUGGUCAGGUGGUACCAACAUGAUAAACGGUGUCGACUGGAUAUGGUUCCCGUCAGGAAGAAAAGUUAUAUAUACUAAAUGGCAGAAAGGUCAACCUGACAACAUUAACGAGAGAUGUAUCCAAUUAAUAGUUACUAGGGACCUUGGCAUGGAGUGGAACAAUCUUGUAUGUAGUGCUGCUCUACCUUUUAUUUGUCAGUCACCAACUGACAUAAUAACAAGAUGUCCUACUGCAAUAGCUACCAAUGGGAAUUCUGGAAGUUGCGAUAUAAAGGGUGUUGUAUCCCCUCCAGUCACAACUUAUCAAUUACUGACUACUCCAGUUACUCAUAAGGAGGCUCUUGCUGCAUGUGAGGCAGCUGGAAUGUCGUUAGUUGGUAUCCAGUCAAAAGAAAAAAGCGACAGUGUUAAUGCUGUACUUCAAGCCAGUUCUCUACCUGGAUCCUUCUGGACAUCCGGUUACAAAGAUAAGGAAAAUAAAUGGUUCUGGUUGAAAGGAGAUCCCGUCGUAUUCACAAACUGGAAAGUUGGGGAACCCAAUAAUGCUGGAUCAAAUGAGGAAUGUCUCACUGUCCUUAAAUCUGGCACUGGAUCUUUAUGGAACGAUGUUCCUUGCGAUAUUAAAUUGGUUCCGGUAUGCGAAAAAGUCGUUACUGUUAAGAAUGAAGGUCACGAAGGAUCAUGUUGCCGGGCUCCAGUGGUGAAUGUUUUUGUUGAUAAAGAAAGCUCUGAUUACCCCUAUCGGCUCUAAGAUUUCCGUUCUGGUUUUCAACUUAUAUGAAAUCUACUAUGCACUUUUUAAUUAAA